AUGUCUAACCAAACACCCGAAUCUUGGGAGGAUGAACUCUCACAACAGACCAAAAAUGUCAACCUGAACUCUCAGGGCCAGCCUCAAGCACCCGCCUUCCACCCCGGCGCCGCUACUUUCCAACCAGGCGCUGCCACCUUUGUCCCCGGUCAGCAAUUCCAGCAAUAUGGCCAGCAGUAUGGCCAGCAGUAUGCUCAGUAUGGCCAGCAGUAUGGUGGCUACCCCCAGCAGCAGGCCUAUGGCCAGUACGGCCAAUAUGCGCAGCAGCCCGGUGGUUACAACCAAUACUACAACCAGCAGCCCCAGCAGGUAGCGGCACCCGUCCAGUCGGUCCCCAAGCCUGCUGCCAAUGUCACAAACGCUGCCCCACCCAAGGUUAAGGUUCUAUCCAUUGGCGCUACCUCGUCUUCCGCCGCCCCCAAGACUAAGGUUCUUUCUAUCGGUAACCCUUCUCCCGCGUCCACUCCUGCCGCAAAGACCGACUCUACAAGCAAGGGCGAUUCAAAGGGCGCCGCAGCAGCUGAGGCCGGUGCCAAGAUAACCGCCGCCAAGGCCAUUGAGAAGACUGAGAAGAAGACCGAGAGUGGCAAAACUUCACCUACACCCUCUGGUCGCUCCAGCCCUUCUCGUGCUGCAGAAACCGCCAAGGCAACUCGUGAAAUCAAUGAGGUCGCCAAGCAACAGGCAGCUGAUGUCGAUGACGCAACACUGAAGGAAAUUUACGGUGAGCGACGAGAGCACGUCAACGUCGUUUUCAUCGGUCACGUCGAUGCUGGAAAGUCUACUCUGGGUGGCUCUUUGCUCUACUGCACUGGUAUGGUAGACGACCGUACCAUGGAAAAGUACAAGAAGGAAGCUAAGGAGGCUGGUCGUGAGACCUGGUACUUGUCCUGGGCUCUGGAUUUGACUACUGAGGAACGUGCCAAGGGUAAGACUGUCGAAGUUGGUCGUGCAUUCUUCAAGGUCAUGAUUGACUCACCAGAGGGCCCUAUCGAGAGACAGUUCUCAAUUCUGGACGCUCCUGGUCACAAGUCUUACGUUCCCCACAUGAUUGGUGGUGCUUCCCAGGCCGAUCUUGGUGUGCUCGUCAUCUCCGCUCGUAAGGGUGAGUAUGAGACUGGUUUCGAAAAGGGUGGUCAGACUCGUGAGCACGCGCUGCUUGCUCGCAACAGUGGUGUCCAGAAACUGGUUCUUGUCGUCAACAAGAUGGACGACGCAACAGUCGAAUGGAGCAAGGAGCGUUACGAUGAGUGCACUAUCAAGAUCAGUAAGUUCUUGGAAGCCCUCGGCUACAAGAAGAGCGACAUUUUCUGCAUGCCCAUCUCCGCCCAGCGCACUAUUGGUGUUAAGGACCGGGUUCCCAAGGACUUGGCUCCCUGGUACGACGGACCAUCCCUUCUGGAAUACUUGACCGACUUCAAGCUGCCUGAACGUAAGAUCAACGCCCCGUUCAUGAUGCCUAUCAGUGCCAAAUACAAGGACAUGGGUACCAUGGCCGAGGGCCGCAUCGAGUCCGGAGUCAUCAAGAAGAACAGUACUUACCUUAUGAUGCCCAACCGGACAGAAGUCCAGAUCUCUGCUCUCUACGGUGAAACUGAAGAUGAGGUCAGCAAUGCUGUCUGUGGUGACCAGGUUCGCCUGCGUCUGCGUGGUGUGGAAGAAGACGAUUUCUUCCCUGGUUUCGUGCUAUGCUCCCCGAAGCGUCCCGUUAACUGCGUAUCUGCUUUCGAGGCCAAAAUCCGUAUCUUGGACCUCAAGAGUAUCCUUACUGCUGGAUUCAAUUGCGUGCUUCAUGUCCACGCCGCUAUUGUGGAGGUCACCUUCGCUGCUCUUCUACACAAGCUGGAACCUGGUACUGGCCGCAAAAGCAAGCGUCCUCCUCCAUUUGCCAGCAAGGCCCAGACUAUCAUUGCCCGUCUCGAGGUCACUAGCGCUGCUGGUGCAGUUUGCGUUGAGAGGUUUGAGGACUAUCAGCAGCUUGGACGAUUCACUCUGCGCGACCAGGGACAAACCAUUGCUAUUGGUAUGAUCACCAAGCUUAUCCACGAUGAACCAGAGGCGUAA